ACUGUAACUGAAAGAAAAAAUGUAAACACGCACGUUGUUUUGUUUAUUUUCCUCACAGAAAGGGUUUCCUCAUGUGAUAGAAAUAAAAUUUUCAUCUGAAAUCAUUUGCAUUUAAGGGUUGUCUAAUAAUAAUCUUAUGAAGAUUUUCGCAUCAGUAUCUACACCAAACUAAUUGCUAAAUUUUGAUGACUUCUUGGCAGUGGCCCACCAGAAAUUAAAAAAUACAUCUCAGAAGGUUUCCAAAUUGAAGUAGCCAGCCUUUGGGAAAAGCUUGAAAUUUUUUUUAUACAAGUUUCGCUAGUUCAAAUCUCUUUGUUGCUUUGAAAAUGGAACCAUUACCAGAUGAAGCUGUUGGGCAAACACUUGGUAAAAUAUUAUGUUGCCAGUGUGGUACCCUUAUUGAUCCAAAUCCAGCCAACAUGUGCAUACCAUGCAUCAAAACUCAAGUUGAUAUAUCUGAAGGCAUCCCAAAACAAGUGAUAAUUUACUUUUGCAAAGGUUGCGGCAGAUAUUUGCAACCUCCUGCUCAAUGGGUUUCUUGUGCUUUAGAAUCAAGAGAACUCCUUGCCUUUUGUUUGAAGAAGUUGAAAGGAUUAAAUCAGGUUCAUUUAGUAGAUGCUACGUUUAUUUGGACAGAACCACAUUCCAGAAGAAUCAAAGUAAAGCUAACUAUACAAAAGGAAGUGUUUGGAGGAGCCAUUUUGCAACAAGUUUUUGUUGUAGAAUACGUUGUGAGUACUAAUAUGUGCAGUGACUGUCAUAAAAGUGAAACCCAUAAUGUUUGGAGAGCAGUCGUGCAAUUGAGGCAAAGGGUACAACAUAAGAGAACAUUCUUUUACUUGGAACAAUUGAUUUUGAAAUAUCAAAUGCAUUCGAAUUGUCUGAAUAUUAAAACAUGCAAUGAUGGUUUAGAUUUUUUCUUUGGAAAGAAAGAUGAUGCUCGAAAAAUGGUAGAUUUCUUUUCUGCUGUUGUGCCGUGCAAGUAUUCUACAUCUCAGCAGUUGAUAUCUCAUGAUGUUCAUAGUAACACAUUUGAUUAUAAAUAUACAUUCUCAGUAGAGAUAGUGCCUGUUUGUAAGAAUGAUGUUGUUUGUUUGCCACUGUCAUUAGCUCGCUCUUUUGGAAAUAUUGGCCAAAUUAGCAUUUGCCACCGAGUUACAAAUUCUGUUUAUUUAAUUGACCCUUGUACAUUGCAAAUUGCGGAUAUCACAAAUCAACAGUUCUGGCGUUCUCCAUUUCAUCCCAUAGGUUCUAUGAAACAAUUGACAGAAUAUGUUGUUAUGGAUAUUUCUUUGAUUUUAGAUUCAGAAAGAAGAACAUUUACGGGACAAGGACCCAUAUCACAUAAGCAUGUUCUAUCAGAUGCAUGGGUCGUCCGUUCUAGCGAACUUGGUGUUAAUGAUACUCUUAUUCACACCCGUACUCAUCUUGGGCACAUAUUAAAACCUGGUGAUUAUGUUCUUGGGUUGGAUUUAUCUACGAUCAAUGUUAACAAUGUUGACUAUAAUAAACUAAAGAAAGAAAAUAUUCCAGAUGUGGUCUUAGUGAAGAAAAUUUAUGAAGACAAAGCUUCUCGCCAUCGUAGAAGAAAAUGGAAAUUGAAACAUUUAGAAAUUGAAGCAGAUACUGAUACUAGCAGCAUUCAAAGGGAUUAUGAUGACUUUUUGGAAGACCUUGAAGAAGAUGUUGAAUAUCGCCAAAAUGUUAAUAUCUAUAAAGAUCAUGAGAAGUUGGCAAUCGAUACUGAUGAAGUUGAUGAUGAUUGUCCAAAAAUAACUCUUCAAGACAUGCUUGAUGAUCUAACGCUUGAAGAUGCUACUGGUGUAGAGGGUGGAGCAAUGUUGGAAUAAAUAAAUAUAUAUUAUUUGUUA